UAUAAUAAUAAAAUGGAAGUUCUUACUGAAGCUAUCGAAGAAGAAAAUAUUAAGAAAGUCAGCCUAGAGAAGUUUGCCCUGGAAGAAGCCAAGGAGCAAGAGGUCACCACAUGUCAGAGCAUCUUCUAUAAGGUUCUUCAAGAUGAAAAAAUUGAGCCAUUGGAUCUAGACUCCGAAGAAGUUUCAGCAAACAGUUUACUUUACAUUUGGGUGGACGAAAUCAGAGCUGAAAAACUUUUGAAAAGUUUGAAGUGUCUUAAGUUUUUUGAUAUAGAUUGACUUUAUUUGGAUGGGAUUGAUUCUAAAAAUAGGCGUUUUGUUUUAAAUUUCUUACAAUCCUCAUUCCCAAAUAAAAUUAAGAAACUCACUUUUUGAUCCAGUUGUCAUAUGGAUCUGAAAAGGCCCAACUACUUAAACUCCCUGACCGGACUCAGCUCCAAAGUCGUUCGAGAAGUUUGCUUUGGACAUUUCAGCAUCGGCCUGCCCCAACUGAAGAGGUUGGUGGCAGCUUUCAGGCAUGUGAGAACUUUGGUAUUGAGAAAUUGCAGGCUAUCUAUCCCAAAUGCUCCUGAUUUGUCAAAGGCUCUGAAGAAUUGCCAGAUCCAGGAAAUAAAUUUAUUAGCAUCAGGAAACCUGGCUAGAAGUGAUUGGGAGAACAACUUAGAUGAGUUCGAGAACUUGGUACAAGGGUUAGCAAGCUCUCCAGAUUUAAGAUUGAGUCUUGGAAAAGUAAAUGUCUCUGAAUGCGGAGUAAAGAAAAACAAAGCUGAACAAGUCUUUGAAGAAAACCAGCUUGGAGGAGUAAAAAUAAUUGAUGGAUAUUAAAUUU